AUGAAGACGGCGACAAGAGUUAAUUUUGUCCUUCUUACUUUUUUUCUACUACUUUUAACCCUUCCAUCUUAUGGAGGAUACAUUAGACGUAGAGUGGAUAACAGACAUGGUGAUGUCAAGGAUAAUCAGGAGGCUGUAUAUUCGAAAGAUGUAAACACUGUUGGGGCAGCAGCUGAAUCUAAGCACGAAUCUGAUGCCACUGAUUAUGGUACUGUCCUUGACUUCCCACAUUUGUUGUAUGGUAAUGAAGAUAGUGACUAUACUACUAUUUAUGUUAUCAAGAAGAAGGCGUCUUUAGGCGAAAAAGUUUCUGGCGAUAAUGAAGCACUUUCCGUCGCAGGAAGACAUCAAAAGGACCGCAGAGUUGUAUUUAGUGCUGGAGAGGGGCGUCAUCACGAUAGAGACAACAGAAAAUUCAAGGCUAAGCCUGAAAAAAAUGUAUGGCCUUUGUAUCACCACAAUAAGGUUGAAGCUCUUGGUGCUAGGGAAGACUAUCAGGAGGACGGAAAGAAAAUUCAAACUGUUGAAGAAAAACCCACGAGCUACGUCACCGAAGUUGUCACUGAUGCUGAAGAAGUACAUGGAAAUUCUUAUGAACUUAGCGAUCCAAAUGUUUGGGAAUAUCACCAAGUUGUUGAGGGUGAUAAACCUGUUGUCUCUGGAGAACAUCAAGUUAGUGAACAAGACAAAUAUCUCUACAGUGAUCAUGGAUUAUCUGUAUCUGAUGUUGAAGAAGUACAACAUUUUAAUGAUACUGAAGUAUCUGCUGGAAAUAGUUCAGUAUCUACUGCUGAUGAAGUAUCUAACAACGUCGGGGUGUUAUCCAUUGAAGAGAUGACUUCUUCCAACUCUGAGAAUACUGUUGUUGAUGGAGAAGUAAAUAGUAAUCUUGUGAGUAAUGGAGAAGAAGUUACUUCCACUGAGACUGGUUUAAUUACCGCUGAAGAGGGAUCUGGUGUUGAUGUUACUACAUCCGAUGUUGAUGAAACAACUACUGCUGAUUUGGUUGUAUCUGGUGACGAAGGAGUUUCUGGUGAUGGAAUGGAUUUAACACCUACUGAGGAAGGAGUACCUACUAUCAAUAUUAAAUUCGCUAAUGAUUUGGGCGUUCAUAUUCUUACUGAACCUAGUGAAGUUUUCCAAGGUGGAAGCGAGGGCUACUUAGGAAAACUUAAACGAAGAAAGCACCACUAUGGACAUCAAUUUGACCGUGUGCGUCACGAUGACUGGAGCGAAGAGGAUAGUAAAGAACGCAGACGUCCUAUGGGUGAUAAUGAUAGCAACGAGUGUGAUGAUGACGACGACGAUGAUGACGAAUGUCGUAGAAGGUAUGGUAAACUGGACCAAGGAAGAAGACGUAAUUCUGGAGACAAAAGGGAUUAUAGUCAUGAGGAAAGAGAUCGUCGUUUUUAUGCUUCCGGAAGACCAGUGACACCAAGGCGUUCUAGAAGAGAUGUUGGUAAUACUGUUGUAGAAGGUAUCAGUAACACAGCUGAUUCAGUUGCAACAGGCGUAGAGGAUACUGUAGAUGCUGCUGUUGACAAAAAAGUGGAUCAAGAUAAACCGAAAAAAUCCAAAGCAUCUGGAAUUGGUUCUGCUAUUGUUGGUGGCAUUUCAAAUACAGCAAACUCUGUUGCUACUGGAAUUAAAAAUACUGUUGAUGCUGCAGUUAACUCCACAACACCAAAACCAAGUGAGAAAAAUGUCACAUCUUCGACAUCUGCUUGUAAAUCCCAAGAUGUUUGUUACAGUGAUUCAGAUUGCAAUGGAGGUAAAUGUAUGGGUGUUUUUGUUGGCACUUGUAAUUGUAAUGCCUGCUUUAACUUCAUGACUUGUACUGACGAUGGUGGAUGUGGUGGAUUGAAAGGUGCAUGUGAUACGGUUACUAAACGCUGUAACUGCCAAGAAGCCCAUAGAAAGUUAGGUUACGCAAACUAUUUCGAUACUUUGAAAAAUUUCUGUAACCACAAAACUUGUAAUGGUACUUCAGACAGCUGCAAUGGAUUACCUUGCUCUGCUGGAAGAUGUUUCUGUUAG